AUGGUUCGACAACGAGCCGGUGGUGAUGAUGCUGGUACAGCGGCCGCAUGGGUUGUUGCCUUCGCUGGACGACGAAUCCAAAUUUCCGAAGGUUUAGAUUUCUUUUUAAAUGCUUUUGCAUCGGCAACGCGUUACCUGCAGCAGUGCAUCCUGAACCAUCAACAGUCUCCUCAGCAAUUAUUUGCCACCAAAACUGGAGCAGCUUCGUCUAUCGGCAAAACGCACUCGGAGAGGCAAGAAUUUGCGGUUCGCCAUUAUGCUGGCCAAGUGUGGUACGACUGCUCCAGCUUCAUCCAGAAAAAUCGUUGGCAGAUCAGCUGGGAAGCAGUGAAAUUGCUUGCUGAAAGCCAAAAUACGGUGUGGAACUUGUCCGUCGCACAGAUGUUUCGUAGCUUCACUGCAAGUGGUAGCAAAUUUGCGCAACAACAGGACGAAACUUUAUAUAUAGCCCAGCGAUACAGCAGAGGUGCUAAAGCUCUCAUCGAAAAACUAGACAAGUAA